GGCCGGGACUUCCGGCGUAGCGUAGAUGCAGCCCCAAAGCUGCUGGUAGGAGUUGCCGUGUAGGCAGAUGUCGGCGCUGCGGCACGUCGUGUGCGCCCUGUCUGGCGGCGUGGACAGCGCGGUGGCUGCGCUGCUGUUGCGGCGGAGAGGUUACCAAGUGACAGGGGUGUUUAUGAAGAACUGGGAUUCGCUGGAUGAACACGGUGUUUGUGCUGCUGACAAGGACUGUGAAGACGCGUAUAAAGUUUGUCAGAUCUUAGACAUCCCUUUCCAUCAGGUGUCCUAUGUGAAGGAGUAUUGGAAUGACGUGUUCAGUGACUUUUUGAAUGAGUAUGAGAAAGGAAGGACUCCCAACCCUGACAUCAUCUGCAAUAAGCAUAUCAAGUUCAGUUGCUUCUAUCAUUACGCCGUGGACAAUCUUGGGGCAGAUGCUGUUGCCACUGGCCACUAUGCAAGGACCUCACUGGAGGAUGAGGAAGUCUUCGAGCAGAAGCACACUAAGAGACCAGAUGGGCUGUUCAGAAACCGAUUUGAAGUCAGAAAUCCCGUAAAACUUCUCCAAGCAGCUGACAGCUUUAAAGACCAGACCUUCUUUCUCAGCCAGGUUUCCCAGGAUGCCCUGAGAAGAACCAUCUUCCCCCUGGGGGAAUUAACAAAAGAUUUUGUAAGGAAAAUAGCUGCAGAGAAUAGACUGCAUCAUGUGCUUCAGAAGAAGGAGAGCAUGGGCAUCUGCUUCAUUGGUAAAAGAAACUUCGAGCAUUUCAUUCUUCAGUAUUUGCAGCCUCGGCCUGGAAAGUUUAUUUCUAUCGAGGAUAAUACAGUUCUGGGAACACAUAAAGGUUGGUUCCUGUACACUCUGGGCCAGAGAGCUAAGAUCAGCGGCUUGAGAGAACCCUGGUACGUGGUGGAGAAGGACAGCGUCAAGGGUGACGUGCUUGUGGCUCCCCGGGUAGACCACCCAGCUUUGUACAGGGACCUGCUUAGGACCAACCGUGUGCACUGGAUUGCUGAGGAACCACCUGCUGCCUUGGUCAGAGACAAGAUGAUGGAGUGCCAUUUCCGAUUCCGCCACCAGAUGGCACUAGUGCCCUGUGUGCUGACACUCAACCAGGACGGCACUGUGUGGGUGACAGCUGUGAAGGCUGUACGGGGCCUCGCCCUGGGACAGUUUGCUGUGUUCUACAAGGGUGGUGAGUGUCUUGGCAGCGGGAAAAUCCUACGGUUAGGGCCAUCUGCCUACACACUCCAGAAGGGCAAGAAUAGAACCAGAGUGACUCCCGAGGUCUCCAGUGACAGCCCAGGCCUGCACCCCACACCCUGACAAAGGCCAAGCUGCUGGGAUGAAGCAUUAGAGAAGUCUGGGGCAGAUGGUCAGUGAUGGGCUUGGUGCUGCCAGAACCAGUGGUCCGGCUGGCUGGCUCCAGAGCCACCUGAGGAGGGAGUGUCUGCGCUGGGCUCCAGUAUACCAGAAGCAUUUGCUGGCUGUGGGUCUGCCUCGAGGGCCCUGAUGGAGCUGCUCUUCCACAGUGUAGUGCAUGGAGGCUGCACAGGAUCAGCCUUAAAUAAAACUGUCGAACGUCUGA